UUAUUGUGAGUACUUACCUCUGCCUGAGGACUUGUCUAGUCAGUACAGUUUAGCGGUCGGCUUAUUGUGAGUACUUACCUCUGCCUGAGGACUUGUCUAGUCAGUACAGUUUAGCGGUACUUAUAGUAAUUAAGUACCCACACUUCUAGGCAGGUUUGCAAGCUAACCACAGCUGGUUAAACAGAGGACGUGAUGGCAGCUUCACAGGUAAAAUAAUAGUAAGUUGUCACAUUGCUAGUGUUACCACCCGACCUCUGCUGUUAUCUGUAUAUAAAUGUGUUCUUGUUUAGUGCUGAUACCAAACCACAAUCCAAUCUGCCUACCUGCUCUGCUUCCCCCACCCCACCUGUUUUUUUUCUUUUUUCCCCAAACAGGGUGACCCAGUGCAAAUACAAGAGGAUUGGGUGCCCAUGGCAGGGUCCUUAUCACGAGCUGACGGUGCACGAGUCUGAGUGCUGCCAUCCCACCAAGACUGGCAAUGAGUUGAUGGAGAUCUUGGAUGAGAUGGACCAAAGCCACAAGAAGGAGAUGCAGCUGUACAAUAGCAUCUUCAGUCUGCUGAGUUUUGAAAAGAUUGGUUAUACAGAAGUCCAGUUCCGCCCUUAUCGAACAGACGACUUCAUCACCCGUCUAUACUACGAGACUCCACGGUUCACUGUGCUCAACCAGACCUGGGUGCUGAAGGCUCGUGUGAACGACUCUGAGAGGAACCCUAACUUGUCAUGCAAGCGCACCCUCUCCUUCCAGCUCAUCCUGAAAAGCAAGAUCAACUCCCCUAUGGAGUGCUCCUUCCUGCUGCUCAAAGGCCCUUAUGAUGAUGUUAAAAUCCAUCCCGUUAUCUACCACUUUGUAUUCACCAAUGAAAAUAAUGAGACGGAAUAUGUACCGUUACCCAUCAUAGACUCCAUAGAAUGUAAUAAACUGCUGGCUGCAAAGAACAUCAACCUCCGGCUCUUUAUAUUCCAGAUCCAGAAGUAAAGAGCGGCUCCCGCAGAACCAUACUUACCUCAGCUGUCUCCGGUGUCUGGCUGCUGUCUUAUAGAUUAGAUAAUAGUUUUCUUUUUGCCAUAAGAGUAGAAAUGAGUUCAUUUAGUUUCUCUGACACAUUUUGAUUGUUUUAAUGAUUUGAUGUAUGCAGGAGCAGAUUUGCAUCCUCACCCACAUGUUGCCGUGUGCUCUACUGUGUCUUGUUUUCUUUACAUAACGAUCGCAUUUGUCAGGUUCUUUCCCCCCCCCCCCCAAAAGCAGAUGCUUUGGUAGAAUAUCACCAUUUAACUGCAUCCAUCACACUAUUCUGUUUAUAUUUAUGUGCCUUUCUUAACCCUUCAUUUAACAGUGAACUUGUGUAGAGGUGACUGGUUCCUCUUGGCAGCUUACUGUACCCCCAGCAUUUGUGUGAGUUCUCUGUAGGGACCCGUCUGGUAAUUGUCAUGGUUUUACUUUUAAUAAGCCAAAUCUAUAUUAUUUUUUUACACCAGAUCUGUGAAUUUAUCUCUAACUAUAUAGUCAUACCAGCCGCUGCAACUGUUUGAGCGAUGAAAUGAUGCGUCACAAUAUAACCUUGUGGCAUCUGCUUCCCAAGAUAUAGAAAGUUCAGGCUUUCCAAUGCCAGCACUCCACGGCACCUGCGCCCUACUUAUGGCACAGCACUGAUAUUCUAUGUAAAUAAAAUAUACCUGAAGUCAUGUUGAAUAAUAUGCUGUAUUCCAGUUCUGACCUUUGCCAGUUUUUGAGUGACUGUUCAGGUUUCUAUGGUUUAGCACAGAGAAAAUAAAUCAGUGACUGAAUUACUAGGUAACCAAGUAGUGGUCAUGUAACAUCUGCCUUGUGAAGGGGUAAUCGAGGACUGAAAAAGACAAAUGAUUUGAGGUCACUUUAUGAUUUGGAACCUAGAGCCAGUGUAAGCAUGCCAAAUCAUUAAGCAAUGGUAAUGUGUAUCCAGAGACCAGAAUACUGCCCAAAAUAGGUGAUUAGAUACGACCAUGAAAUCCAGAAGAUGUGGCCGUAGUUAGACACAGGAAGAGGGAGACUAUUGUAUCACUUGCAUAUCACAAGAGGGCACAUCACCCUCUGAUAUUCCUAAUUGUAAUUAAUGUUAGGGAAUGAUUAUCACAGCUGUGUCUAACGGAUAUCAUGGUCUACGGUAGAUAACGUUGCUGUAGUGCGAUUUGCCCUCCGCCUGAAGUGAUAAUACCACUUCCAGUGGCUGGAGAUGUAACGUUGUGGCAUCUGCUUCCCAGUGGCUGUCCCCAUGUUGCCUGACAGUUAUUGUGCCUGAAGCUAUGUCACACAGAAGCAAGAGUAUAGUAUUCAUUAGGUUUUUGUUUGCAUACACUAUAAAAAAUACAUUUUUAGGUUAGAAGCCGCAUUAUCAAGGUAUUUAAUGUAUAAAAUGUAGCAGUUUUUUAAGACUAAUAACAGUCUAGGCCAGUAAGACAAGGAUGCGAUAUCUUGGUCUGUAGAGCCGUUUUCUACUCUCUAGUCAGUAACGUGGUCUGUGGGUGGCUGCUCUGGGGGGAAAAUGAUUAAAUUAAAACGUGGAGCAUUUUGUUGUUAGCUUUAUACUUUUAUAAUAUAAAAUAUCCCAUUACUGGCGGAGUGAGGGUAUAUUGAUGAGGUUUCCAUCAUUAAUGUAGCACAGCCAUGUGUCACAGUCCUUACUGACAGCCAAAGCGUUAACCCUAACAGAUGUACAUUUGUGCUAGUAAAACGCCUGUCGUCCUUCCCUGGCUGGGACACCAUGAUAAAUAUGGCUCGGUCUGCUCACUCAGCUAACAAAAACUAAUAAUGCCAGAGCAGUAUCUUAAUGAAACUAUUUACAUUACUAUGUAGAUUGGAAUAGAAUUACUGUGAUUAAAUGCUAUAAAUUGCAUGGUGCUACAGGCCCUAGAUUAUAGUGUCUAGAAGAUUAUUAUUUUACGGUUUGUUUUAAUUAUCAUUCUUUAUUUUAAUGGGGCCUGUGCUCCUAUGUAUGGACUGAAAUGAAUGAGACAUCUGUUUAUUUGUGCUCUGCUUGUAGGUUAUGUAUGUUUUAUUUUUGCUGAGAAAAUAAUUAAAAACCGGUCUUUCAAACCUA